CUGCGCAUGCGCGUUGCGAAUUGUAGCGACUUCCUGCCAAAUAGUUGUCCCUAACAACACACAGCACCCCACCGAGGGAAUUUCAGUUAAAGGAAAUAUAAAGUUUCCUCGGAAGUUGCACUUGGUGACAUGGGCCUUGGCCAAAGAAGCAGCAGCAGAGACUGAGGGUGCAGAUUUAGCCACAGCCAUGGACGAGUCGCAAGAGGUGCCCGAGCUACCUAUAAAGAAAGCUCGGCAUGAUCCAGAAGUGAGUCAGGAGAGUAAUUCACGAAGUGUGGCUGCUAAUGACUCUCCUAACCGGAAUGAAUCAACAGCUCGGACAGACAUCAAUUCAUAUCCACCGUCAUCUGUCGCUCACUUGCACACCGUUCCUGGAGGUCCAGGCCGGUCAAAUCAAGAGACGAUAUCAAGAUCCCAGGGCUGUGUCUCAGAAGAUGCAUAUGAUCAUAAUGCAGUGACGUGCAAAGACCUCACCACAACCACAGCCACUGAAUAUACCUCACAGAUCUAUCAAGGAAACAGCACUGCUGUCACUGCAUAUGCCAGUCAAGUGGCUUUCCCCUCCCUGGGCCAGUCGACCGUAUACAGCGGCUUUCCUCAGUCCGGUCAGACGUACGGACUGCCACCAUUUGGCGCCAUGUGGCCGGGCUUAAAGUCGGAGUCGCAGCUGCCCGAGUCACCCUCUGUUGGUCAGAUGGGGUUUCUCAGCUUCAGCUCAGCCUAUACCUCAACCCAACCCAACCAGAUCCACUACUCCUACCCCAGCCAAGGUUCGUGUUUCACUACAUCCAGUGUGUACAGUAACAUCCCUCCAGCAACUGCUGUGACCACGUCUACUAACACACAUCAGGAGUUUUCAAGCUACAGCUCUCUUGGUCCGAGCCAGUUCUCGCAGUACUACGCUCCUCCUCCCAAUUAUCUGUCCGCUGGGUUGCCCAGCGGUGAUAGAGAUGGAGCAGGUUUAGUGGCACCUGAAUAUCCAGCUGUUAAAACUGAAGGCAGUGCCUCAGCAAACCUGCCCGACACAACAGAUGCAUCUCCAGAUGUGACGAUCCCAACAGGUGUGGCUCUGCCUGCUGGGAUGGCCCUCCCCACAGGAGCACGGGACCAAGACGAGACCAACCCCAAAAACCCUCCUGGCAAAGCUAAAGGCAAAGCUAAGAAAUCUGAUGGUUCCCAAUCCACAGAAAAUGACCUUGAGCGCAUCUUCUUAUGGGAUCUGGAUGAAACCAUCAUCAUUUUCCACUCUCUUCUUACCGGCUCAUUUGCACAGAAGUUUGGCAAGGAUCCAGCGACCGUUCUCAAUCUGGGUCUUCAGAUGGAAGAGCUGAUCUUUGAGCUCGCAGACACUCAUCUCUUCUUCAACGAUCUGGAGGAAUGUGAUCAGGUCCAUGUUGAUGAUGUUGCCUCAGAUGACAAUGGGCAGGACUUGAGCAACUACAGCUUCUCCAGCGAUGGCUUCAGCGGGCCCAGUGCGGGCGGUGGUCCUGGGUCCACCACAGCGGUACAGGGAGGAGUGGAGUGGAUGCGUAAGCUGGCCUUCAGAUAUCGCCGCCUCAAAGAGAUCUACAAUGGAUUCAAAGGAAAUGUAGGAGGUCUGCUGAGCCCAAUGAAGAGAGACCUUCUGCUCAGGCUACGCUCUGAGAUCGAGACUGUUACAGAUGCCUGGCUGAGCACUGCCCUCAAAUCUCUGUUGCUCAUUCAGUCGAGGGGCAGAUGUAUGAAUGUUCUGGUCACCACCACUCAGCUGGUUCCCGCUUUAGCUAAAGUGCUUCUCUAUGGCCUGGGUGACGUGUUUCCUAUCGAGAACAUCUACAGCGCCACUAAAAUAGGAAAAGAGAGCUGCUUUGAGCGUAUCAUCUCUCGCUUUGGGAAGAAAGUGACCUAUGUUGUUAUAGGGGACGGUCGUGAUGAAGAGUUUGCAGCAAAGCAGCACAACAUGCCAUUUUGGCGAAUCUCUUCUCACGGAGACCUGAUUUCCCUUCACCAAGCUCUGGAACUGGACUUCUUAUAGAUGGAGCUGGAGGUAAGACAUGGAUCUCUCCAGCUGCACCCAUCAGCAGUCCCUUCCACCAUGGAGCAGCUGAUGUAGACUCUGGGAUGUUAGCGGUCACAGACAAGAACUCAAGAUGUUAUGUGACACGACCUCACAAGCCCUCCAUUCCCUCACUGGCAGCUAUCCUCCCCUUAGGUUGAAUCUUGCACUGGGACGACACACAACCGUACAAGAGGAAAAGAGGAAAAAACUGUCUCACUGCAUCUUUCUCUUGGAAAAAGGAUGUACUUUACCAUCUUCAACAUAACUGGAUUCACCAAAGGAACAAGUCAUGACCACAGGUCUGCACUGGUACAGAAACCUAGGAUAAAACUGAAGUCUUUUACUGCAUUCUUUUUAAAGGGCUGAAAAGUAAGUUGGAGUCAUUUUGAUUUGCACUCACUCCAAAGGUCAGGUUCUUAGGAGAAUGCAGGUUACAUGCUUUAGAAGCCUCCAAGAAAUGAUGCAAUUGUUUCAGUUCUUAAAACGAAUCGCAGAUGUGGCCUGUUUAACAUCUGU